AGACAAGUCAAUUUCUUAAUCCUCAAGUUCUGCUAAACGGAUUCAUUUCUCUCGACUCUCUUAACAACCAAGUCCCCAAAAAUCUAUAAAAUAGAAUUAGAAAACUAAACUAAAAGAGGGAGAAAAAAGGCAUAAAAUAUCAAGCUAUAAGCCCGGAAAAAAUUUGUGGAUAGCACAGUGACUGUUAAUUGAAAAAUGGAAGCGAAGAUAGGGAAAAUUUUCGAAUCGGUCGGCUCCUUCUUCGGUGGUGGAGAUCAGAUCCCCUGGUGUGACCGCGACAUCAUUGCUGGCUGUGAGAGAGAAGUUGCUGACGCCGCUAAGGGUGAUUCCGAGGAACUGAAGAGCGAAAGCAUCAUGCGACUUUCAUGGGCACUUGUUCACUCGAGGCAAGCUGAAGAUGUACAGCGUGGGAUAGCCAUGCUUGAAGCAUCAUUGGCCAAUAGCAGCUCUCCAUUGCAGCAGAGAGAGAAACUUUAUCUUCUGGGUGUUGGAUAUUACAGAACUGGUGAAUGCUCGAGGAGUCGACAACUUGUGGAGCAGUGUUUGGUGAUUGCACCUGAUUGGAGGCAAGCUCUUGCCCUUAAAAAGGCAGUUGAGGAUCGCAUUGCUAAAGAUGGUGUUAUUGGAAUUGGCAUCACUGCUACUGCUGUGGGACUUAUUGCUGGCGGAAUUGCCGCAGCAUUGGCUCGCAAGAAAUGAUAAACAAAAAAUGUGCAUUUGUGCAUAUCGUUCACAUCUACAGAUUUGUCCCCCAAGCAUUUUGCAGCUUUUCCCGAAGAAAUGUUUUGAAUAAUUGAUAAAAGUAAAGUUUUAGCAUCUAUUAGAUUGCCAAUGAUUACUAUAAGCGGUUUUGAUCCAAUUUGGCCUACCUAGCUGAUCCGUUAAUACUUAUAACCAUGGCCAUCUUGUAAAUGAGUUUUUUUUUUUGGCAUUUUGCAGUUUGCUAUCGUGGUGAUAAUGCUUGAAUUUUCUAUCUGUGAAAAUAUAUUCUAUCAUCUGUGAAACUGUAAUCAUACCUA